AUGACAUUCUUAUCCGAAAACAGUACACAGAUAACCAUCCAUGCAGCUUCGAGUAAUUCCGACCAAGCUUGUGAAAUAACAGCCGACUCCGCUGUAGAAGUUACAGUUAAAGCUCUGGCUUAUAUUUUUAUUUUCAUGGUUUCGUUUUUCGGAAAUAUCUUUCUUCUCUUGGUCAUUUACAAGAACAAGCAGCUACGAAGAUCCAUCAACUACUUCGUUUUCAACAUGGCUGUAUCUGACCUCUUCAACCCUUUGACCGUCAUGACUGCGAAGAUCGUUGAGAUCAUUUCAGGCUCGGAAUCCUGGAAAGUUGAUCGUCCGUGGCUGCUAGGAAACAUUCUAUGCAAACUUGCCUACUUUCUGCCAGAUGUUUCUCUUGUGGUUUCUAUAGGAAGCCUUCUUUUGAUCUCGAUAGACAGGCUCUUCGCUGUCGUCUUUCCACUGAAGGCCAAACUUAUCUCCUCAAAAGUACGAUUGAUCAGCAUACUAAUCACGUGGUGUGUCGCCAUCGUCUUCCACGCACCUUAUUUUUACAGUUUCAAACUGAUCCUCUACGAAAAUAAAACGUAUUGUAUCUUAAAUUGGGGACCAGCACUCGACCACCUGAAAACACACAAGGGAUUUGUUACGGCAUCGUUUAUAACUUUUAUCCUCAUUCCCGUAAUUAUCCUGGUUAUUGUGUAUAGCAUUAUCAUAUGGACAAUAAGGAAAAAGAACAAGAAAAGUAAAGAGCGAUUGUCUUGUCGCCAAAACCAUCGAGAUCAGCAGCUGAGGAAAAUUGUCCAAAUGACGAUGGCCAUCAUGAUUUCCUUUGUUUCCUGCAUGACUCCAUUGCUUAUCUAUUUAUUUCUUCAUAUUUUUGUAUGGAAUUGGGAAUCGCCACCCGUUUGUGCAUUUCAAACAAUCAUCCCAUUUAUUUCUGUCUUUCUGCUGCAUUCAUGGAGUGCAGUUAAUCCCUGCAUUUGUUUUAUCUUUAGCAAGAACUAUCGCAACGGCCUUAAGCAAUGUUUUCAUUGUGACAGUCUCAGUCGAAGGUUAUCAAGUAUGCAAGAGCGCUAUCGAAUGCGAACGAUGACGAGCUCC